UCCCACUUGCCUAGACACAACCUUUGACUUUGUCUUCUACUGUUUCACUCACCUCUCUGGGAGCUGCUGGUAACUUUGGUCCUUAACUCCUCAGCUGUAUCAGACUGGGGUUCAACCUUUAUCAAUGGAUCUCCUCUUCCAUUUUGCUGCCACUGUCCUCUUGCUACUCUCUGUUUCCCGGAGUGCUUUUUCAGAAGAAACUGAAGUACAUUCUGGCAACAACUCAUGUCCUGAUCCUGAAUUCUGCACACUGGCAUCCAAAUGCUGUCAAUUUGGAGUGGAUGACUAUGGCUGGAUUGCUGCAGCAGUUGGCUGGAGCCUCUGGUUUAUCACCCUUAUCCUUCUCUGCAUUGACAAGAUCAUGAAACUCAAGCCUGAUGAACCCAAGUAUUUGGAAGCAUGAUAUCUGUUCAAGCUGACACCUGCUUGUGACUACUGUGUGAAGAAAUUCAUUAAGCUGAAGAAUGUGUUAAGGCCCAAGAAGGACUGUGCACUGACAAGUUAUGUUUUAUUGUUUUUAUACAUCUCUGUAUUUUCCCAAGUAUUUUGAAGGUAUUUAUUUGCUGUCCAUUCAGGGUUUUAGCAAUAAAGGUUGUGUGUGUGCAAAUGAG